AUGGAGAAACAAACCGAGGCGCCGACACCGGACCUGGAGGCUAGCCCCUCUCCAGAGAUGCGCAAAACGUCAACAAUCACACGGCGAUGGAAGCAAGAGUUGAACCCCAGCCAUGCUGACCUCGUUUGUUUGCUCCUCUGUUUCUUGACUGGCUUGUGCGACAGUAGCGCGUACAAUGCGUGGUCCUGCUUCCUGGGCAUGCAGACGGGUAACACCAUUUUCCUUGGCCUCGGCGCAUCCAACCAGCCAACCAGCAAGCCAUGGGGUUGGCUCAAGUCCCUUGUCUCAAUCACCGCCUUCUUCACCGGCGCAAUGAUCUUCUCCAUCUCCAUGCGCACGGUCGGCUCCCUCCGCCGCGGCACCCUUUUCGUGUCCUUCCUCGUACAAACUGCCCUGAUCAUCAUUGCCGUCGCUCUCAUCCAAGCUGAUCUCAUCCCACACUCCUCGAACGAUUCAACCCUGGAUGGUGGACCCCUGUUCCUGGAGCUCAUCCCCAUUGGACUGCUGGCUUUCCAGUCCGCUGGCGGUAUGACUUGCAGUCGCGCGUUGGGAUACAAUGAGAUCCCGACAGUGGUCCUUACUAGUGUCUACUUCGAUAUCGCGUCUGACGUGAAGAUUCUCCAGAAGCCGACCGAGAAUGUCAAGCGCAAUCGCCGUAUCGGGGGUGUGGUGUUCUUGCUUAUUGGUGCCAUCAUUGGUGGCUGGUUGAGUCGCAGCAGCGGUGGUAUGGAGUCUGCGCUGUGGAUGGCGGCAGGAUUGAAGCUUGUUGCAGCCUUCGGUUGGUUGUUCUGGAAGGCUAAAUAA